AAUUUAUAAGUUAUGAUGGCAAUACUGCUAUUACUAACAUCUAGUGACACAUACAGUGAUGUUUUUAUCGGAGUGGUCGUACAAGUACGAAGAAAUUAUCCUGCAAAAAUGAAUUUAUUGCCUAUAUUUUCACGAUUAUCUACGCAUAUUAUACCCGGUAUUCGAAAUAUAUCGGGAUGUACUAAUCCAUUGUACUUCAGAGUCAGUAGUACGCUCUUAGGAGAACCGUUGAAAAAAAAGAAAAGGUUAGAUCCUGCGAUUAUCAGGGCACGAGAAGACAGAAGAAAGAGAAAAUUAGAAAAACAAAUUCGAAGAUUAGAAAAGGUCGCCAAACAACUGAAACCAAUUGCUGAGAUAGAAGUACCAUAUAAGUUCAAAGACGAAAAAGUGCAAAGAUUGCGACAGCUUCCAUCACUAUCAAAAGAAGAAACGGAAUCUAGAAUCUUACUACAAAAAGAAUGGACUAAGUACAAAACUCAACAGCAUUUAGCUGAUAUUCAGAUAAUGGAUUCUAUAUUAUAUUCACAACAGAGAGCACUUGAUGAACUUAGAGCAGAAUCAGAAGAACUAUAUCAAGAAGCAAUACAAGUGGAUUUAGGACUUUUACCAUAUACAGCCAAAGGUCCAUCGAAAACACCAGCAAUAGAAAAUUAUGAUAGUCCGGAUGGAGAAUAUACAAACGUGACUCGGAAAUAUGAAGGAGAAAAAUGAGAAUUGGAUGCUGUAUGAAGAAUUACAUUCUGUGUCAGAAAAUCUGUACGUAAAUAAAGCAUAUAUUUUUAGAUUA